AUGGCUCUGAACGAGCUGGAUGCUCGCCACAUCCAAAACAUGAGCGAGGCUCAAACACUCGUUCCUCACUGGGGAUAUGCCAAUCGUGCCCUUCCCUGCACAAACGACAAGGGCUCUUGCGAGUAUCUCGAUCUCGUCUACAGCGCUCAUGACUACGGGAUGCUCUACAGCGCAAUCCUCUGGGCCACUAUCCUCGGGAUAGUCUUCAUCUGGGCACUUCUUCGAUUCGUCGGCAAACCUUCAGCUCCCGCAAUCGCUUCUGGUGCGAGUCCUAAAGCCGGUCUCACAAAGGUUCGCCGCAGUAUCGCCUCCUUCACUCGACGAUAUCUUCUCCCGGAUGCUUGCCGCGCCAUCUUUGGCCGAACUACUCGCUUCCAAGUCGCCGUGCUCACAGCUCUUAUCAUCUACCUCACUAUUUGGAGCUUCGUCGGCAUGACUUAUCAUACCUGGAUCACUCCCGUCAAGAACAUGCCUGGCGUGUACAACACUCGCACUUCUCUCGGUCCUUGGUCCGACCGAGUCGGAAUUCUGGCUUAUGCCUUGACUCCUCUGUCUAUUCUGCUAGCCAGCCGAGAGUCUAUCCUGUCUCUCAUCACGGGUGUCCCCUACCAGAGCUUCAUGUUCCUGCACCGCUGGACGGGCUAUAUCAUUUUCAUCCAAAGCGCCCUUCACACUAUCACUUGGUGCAUCGUUGAGAUCCGCUUGUAUCAGCCUCAACCUGACGUUGCCGCUGCAUGGGUUGUCCAACUAUACAUAAUAUGGGGUAUUGUGGCAAUGAUUUUGCUCCUCCUUCUGCUCGUUGGUAGCACACCCUGGGGUAUUCGCCUGACGGGCUAUGAGUUCUUCCGCAAGUCUCACUACGUGCUCGCCAUGGUCUACAUCGGUGCCUGCUGGGCCCACUGGGCUCUGCUCAAGUGCUUUUUGCUGCCAUCUCUCCUCCUUUGGUUCGUUGACCGCGGAUUCCGGAUCCUUCGAACUGCCUACCUCCACUACCACCACCUUCCCUCUGGCAACAUGGGUUUCCAGGCCUCUCAGGCCACUAUCACUAGGUUCCCUGAUGAGGAACACGGUGAUAUCCUACGAUUCGAUCUCCAGAACGACCAGGAUCCUUGGAAGGUUGGCCAGCACUAUUACCUCUGCUUCACCGAAAGCAGCAUCUGGCAGUCUCACCCUUUCACCCCCAUCAAUGCUCCGUACGUUGAGAACGGCGUCGUGAAGCACUCGUACAUCAUGCGUGCCCGAGGAGGUGAGACCAAGAAGAUGGCCCAGCUGGCCGCCAAGAAGCUCCAUGCCUCUGAGACAACUACUACCCCUAUCAUUAUGACUGGCGCCUAUGGUGAGACUACUAUGGACCACGUUACACCUGACACCAACAUUGUCUGCGUUGCCGGUGGUACUGGUAUCGCAUAUGUCCUCCCUGUCCUCCUCGAACUCGCCCGAUCACCCAUCUCCCGAGACCGCAAGAUUGAACUUAUCUGGGCCAUCCGCCACGCUACUGACGCCGAGUGGGUUCAGCAAGAGAUGGAUCUUUUGCAACAAGCCCGCAAGGCCCUCAACCUCAAGAUCCGAGUCUACGCUACACGAGACGCCAGCAGUAGGACGAGCUCCAAGGUCCGCAUGGAGGACGAGAAGGAUGCCAAGGAUACUUCCAGACCAGUUGUCUCAUCAUCCUCAUCGUCCGACGUGAUUGACGAGAGCUGUGCUUGCGGCACUGAUGUCCCUGUCCGUAAGAUCGGACAAGGCAUUGAGGACGAAGACCGUCAUCCCAACCUUCCCAAGCUUAUCAACGACUUUGUGGGUAACACCAUCACUGGUCCCACGACAGUCUUUGCUAGUGGCCCUGGUGGCAUGAUUAGUGACCUGCGCACAAUUGUGGCCGGUUGCAACUCUGCUGGACAGGUGUGGAAGGGCAACGAGCGAUUCGAUGUCAACCUGGUCUGUGAUGACCGCCUGGAAUGGUAA